AGAAUACCUUCAAUUUUUUUUUCUAAAAUUUAAAAACACAAAAAGACUAUAAUUUUUCAAUAAAUGUACACUACAAUAUAUUGAAAUGGUAAAAUUUAAUGUUCUAAAGGGACUGUACGAAACCGAGAAAACUAUAGGAUGCGGGGGCUUCGCAAAAGUAAAACUGGCCACCCAUUUGGCUACCGGAGAAAAGGUUGCCAUCAAGAUAAUGGAUAAGAAAAUGAUGGGCGAUGACUUACAUAGAGUUACUUUGGAGUUGGACGCUUUGAAAACUUUCCGGCAUGAUAAUAUUUGCCAACUUUAUCAAGUAAUAGAAACUGAAACUCAUUUCUUCAUUGUAAUGGAAUACUGCUCAGGAGGAGAACUUUUUGAUCACAUAGUUGAGAAAAACAGACUUACAGAAUCAGAAAGCAGAGGCUUCUUUAGGCAAAUUGUAAGCGCUGUUGCUUACCUGCACAGCUUAGGCUAUGCCCACAGGGAUUUAAAGCCUGAAAACGUCCUAUUGGACAAACAUCAAAACCUCAAGCUGAUAGAUUUUGGAUUGUGUGCUAAGCCAGAUGGAGGUAUGCAAAGUCCCUUAUUUACUUCCUGUGGGAGUCCCACUUACGCCGCCCCUGAACUGAUUUUGGGGCAGCAAUAUUUUGGACAAGAAGUGGACGUUUGGGCCAUGGGGGUUUUAUUGUACGCCUUAUUAGUUGGCAGUUUACCUUUUGAUGAUUUGAAUGUUAAUAAUUUGUACAAGAAGAUUUUGAAUGGACACUACGAAGAACCAGCCUUUAUCUCCAAAGAAAGCAAAAAGCUAAUAAGAUCGAUGCUCCAAAUAGAACCAAGCAAACGCAUCAAAAUCUCCCAGCUUUUGAACCACCCCUGGUUAACUUUAGGAAUUUUCGAUCCGGUAAACUACAAGACCAAAACCAAAAAAGACUUGGACCGCACUUGCGUGCAAACAAUGAGCAAAUUCAUGAACAUCGAUGAAAAUUCCUUAAAACUUGAACUAUCAGAGUGGUUAUGGGACUACAACACUGUAACCUACUUGCUGUUGUUAAACAGAAAAACCAGGGGACAAAGUUUGAGGCUCUAUCCAGCUGCUUACGGCUGGAAGUUUCCAGUUUUAGUAGAACUUACUGCAAACCAUUCAACUCCUAAUAACAAGCAAACCAGGACAAGGCGUAAGUUUGUGCGCAGCCCCGGCUAUUUGAGUCCGACUGGUCAAUUUUUAGAGCCCGAUCGGAAGGCUUUAAAAAGGCCCAGGAGCCCCGCUUUAUUGGACGAAGCAUCACCUGUGCCCUCCAAAAAAUUGACGCCUGCCAAAGGGACACCGCUAAAGACACCCGACAGAAAUGAGACUCCGAGCUCUGCAAGAAAACUACUACUGGGCAGCAUUGAAAGGUCCCUACAUAAGAUGCGGCACGCUUUGACACCGAAAAAACCACUAGAUUCAAUCAACAAUAGCCCAAUUAUGCUUAACAAUAAGAAUUUAUGCAACGUUUCAACAACUCAGUGCAAAGACCCAGAACUAGUAAUUACGGAAUUAUCACGAGGUCUGGAGAAAAAAGGCAUCAAUUGUACUAGAAAAGGAUUUACAUUGAAAGGCAGCUUUGAACCGGCAGUUUUCCAUCGAUUGGGCGGCUGCUCGUUCGAGUUGGAAAUUUGCUUUUUGCCCAAUUUAGGGUUGCCCGAUUGUCUUACACCUACAAAAUCGAUUUUGAAGCACAGCAUUUUAAAUAAGGAGUCAAUUGAAAGUAAUGGUUUUGUUGGGAUCAGACGUAAGAGGCUCAAGGGUGACUCGUGGUGCUACAAGAAAGUUUGUGAGCAAGUGCUGGCUUUAACUUGCACCGGGUUUAUUAAUAAUAAUUCAAAGGAGUCUGUUUUGGAGUCUUCUGUUUAGGGGAAUUUUUUUGGUAUUUUGUAUGUGAUUUCACACUUGACAAUAUGAUAAUAUGGUUGAUUUUUCAAAUUUAAAUUGGUCUUUUUGAAGUGUGUAACAGUGAUUCUUUGAUUGAUUUUUCCAAAGAAUAAACUAUCAUAUUGUCAAGUCCAAUACAAAUCUUUAUAUAGGAGGGAGUUUUUAUAUCGUACUGUGAAUACAGGGUGGAGUAAAUUUUUGGUACUAUGUCAAUAACCUAAAUUAGCUAGUUUCGUUUUCACUGACUCACCCUGUAUUUAUUAUUAUAUUAUUAGGGUCUUGAUUAUUAAUACAUAAGAAAUACUUUUACACUUAUAUAAUAUAUAUUUUUUAUUUACUGAUUAUUGAUUAUUAA